AUGCAACCCAAAAACAUCCUCGCCCUGAUAGCAGGUCUAUCAACAACAACCUUCGCCAAAGAAAGCCGCACGUUCGCCGUAAACCACUUCUACGGCAACGGUGCCCUAGUAACAGGGCGCAUGGACCCAAUCGUCAACCCAGGAGUGGCAGCCUCCCACGUCCACACAAUCCAAGGCGGAAGCAACUUCAACCUGACAAUGACCGACGACGCCCUAAUGGACUCAAACUGCACCUCGUCCCUAGUAGACGCAGACAAAAGCAACUACUGGACCCCGUCCCUCUACUUCCAAGCCUCGAACGGCUCAUUCCUCUCCGUCCCAAUGUUCUACAUGAACGUCUACUACUUUUUCGAAGCAACUGACGACGAAAUCAAACCCUUUCCAAUAGGUCUCCGCAUGAUGAGCGGCGACAAAGACCUUCGAAUACCCCCAUCAACAGCCUCAAACGUCCUCGACAGCGCCGCCGGCCCAAUCCAACCAGUCCAAUGGACUUGUCCACGAACUUCCUACAGUCCACCUUCCUACCCAGUCAACUCAGACGGCCUCCACGGCGUCGGAAUCCAAGACCCAAACAACGCAGGUGCAGGUGCAGGCUUCCCGCACGUCAAUUGUGACGGCUAUGCCUCACCAUUGCGCGCUGAUAUCCAUUUCCCGUCUUGUUAUAACCCCGCUGCUGGGCUGGAUGAUUACAAGAAGAAUAUGAACUGGCCGAGUAGUAAGGGAACGACCAGUGGUAAGGCGAAUUGUCCUAAGGGGUGGAUUCAUCUUCCGCAUAUCUUUUACGAGGUUUAUUGGAAUACGCCGUUGUUUGAGGAGCUGUGGACUCCGGGUCUUGGAGAGCAGCCGUUCAUCCUCAGUAACGGGGAUCGGACGGGGUACUCGCUUCAUGGGGAUUUCAUUUCCGGCUGGGAUGAGGGUGUCCUGCAGAAGAUCAUUGAUAAUUGCGAUGCCGGUGAUCUCGGUAUGGAUAAAUGUGCCGAUGCGGGUUUCAUCAAUGAUGCGUCGACAAGUUGCAAUAUCGCUAAUCAGAUUAUCGAGCCUAUCUCUGGUGUGCUUGACAAGUUGCCUGGUGAUAACCCGCCGACUGGAUGGGGACAGGGUGCAGAGGUUGUCCCUUCUGCUUCGCUUAAUGCAGAGAGUAUCUCGGUCACUGCUACUGCCCAGUCUAAUGUCAACAGUGCCGCGCCUUCGGACUCAGCCGAGACGGACAGCUCUACCUCUGGCUGGUCAUACCUAGGCUGUUACUCCGAUAAUGUCUCUGCGCGCGCCCUGACGGGAGUUCAAUUCGCUAAUCUGGGUAUCGGCAAAGUCACUUCAACAGGCUGCAUAGAUUACUGCGCCAAAGCCGGCUUCAGUCUGGCUGGAACGGAGUAUGCAGGUCAAUGUUUCUGUGGUGAUAAGCUGGAGGGAAGUGUCAAGAUCGGAGCGGAUAAGUGUGAUAUGAAGUGCAACGGUGAUGGAUCGCAGACUUGUGGUGGUAGUGCUGCACUGAGUGUCUAUGAAAGCACCGAGAAGACUUCUACUCGGAAGCUGAAGAGACAUUUGCGGAGCCAUCUGCGUGGAUCUCAUGUCUGA